ACAGCUUAUAAAAACGUAUUUCUGGGUUCUUUGGCUUGUUAGCUGUACAUAUUGUCACACAGCAGCUUUUAGGCAUUAUUCAGUUUUUUGUUAUAAGCCAGAAAUGACAAGGAGGCGGCUUCUCGCAAUACAAAGUCAAUGGAGACGGUUGGAUCGCUUUCCCCCCCGGUGGGCGUGGUUUUCAAAUUUGCAUAACUGCGCUCUGUCUCUAUGCUGUAAGUGUGUUAACUUAACUCCCAUUUUUAUUGGAAAAUGUUUCGGGCUCUUUGCUUGGGGAGUUUGGUAUCCUCCUUUUCUUUUGAAAAAAUGUUUCCUCAACGCAUGAUGGCACAAAAGAUGGCUUCACACAAAUUACUCAAAGCUUUUGGGCCUGGCUGAGCAUUUAGGGUGUGACUACUUCAGGAAGUCAAAGAUUGACAAGAGGAAUAAUUAUAGGUCUCAUCGCAUUAUUGAUGAUGCUUGAGAUCUUGGCAGAAGUUGUAGAGGAGCCAAUUCUUAGUGAUAUCAGAUCAUCACAAGCAAUAAGCCUUGAAGUUGAUGAGAGCACAGAUGUGUCGAUGUCCAGGCAGCUUGAUUUGCAUGUCCGCUAUUAGAAGCUAGUCAGAAUAUUCAUAAAUCAAAAGUCCUGUUAAUGAACUGUAAAUACUAAAUAACCUACCUGUCCUUUGUUUCAGAUACCUGGACAAAGAAGGACAUGUAUUUAAUCAGUUCUUGGACUUGGUCCCUAUUCCUGAUGACAAAGCAGACACUAUUGUGACAGCCAUCAAGAACGUAAUGCUGAAGAAACUGUAUGGACUGGGAACUGAUGGGGCAGCUGUUAUGACAGGACGUGUAAACGGUGUGGCAAAGCAACUUGCAGACAGGUUUCCAAAGAUUGUAUCUGUGGCUUGUGCUGCCUACAGAGAAAUCUCAGCUCAGUCCUUGGAGCCUUGGCAGAGGAGGCAGAGAUGAGAAGAUGUCCAGGAGCAAAAGGACUCUAACAUUUUGUGCUACAUACAGAUUUGUAGCAGCUGUUUGUCUCCAGGCUGAUGUAUUGCCACACCUUGCAUGCCUGUCCAAAAUAUUUCAAAAAUCAAAUGUCAACUUUCUACAUAUUAAGGAGCAAGUUCCGGUCACAAUUCAAAGUCUGAGGAGCAUCAAAGAGACUGCACAGAUGCCGCUCCCUGGAUCAUUCUUGUCCCAACUUCAACAGGACCUUGAUGAUCCCCAAAGACUUGGAGCCUUCAACAUAAAGCAUGAGGAGGAGAGGAACAGGAGAGGGCAAGAUUCCAGCGAGAUAUUCUCGCCAGGAAAUUUUUCCCUCAACAUGAGAAGGAGGUCCUGCAAGAAUGGCUCUCAUUUAAGAAUCAUGCUCUCAUUGGGGCAUGCAUUUAAGAACAAGACCCGGGAGGAGCUCUUGAGUCUGCUGGAAAGCGAGUUUGAUGAGUGGGCCAACCUUUACCCCUUCCUGAGCCUUCUUGCAAGCAUUGCCCUUGUUAUCCCCAUUUCCAGUGUUCACUGUGAACGUGAUUUCUCGACCAUGAACAGGGUGAAAACAGACCUGAGAAAUCAGCUUCAAGGAGAACACCUCUCUGCCUGUCUAAGGAUCUCCAUAAAUGGACCUCAAACAGAGGACUUUCCAUAUGAGAGGGCAUUAGAAUAUUUUUUCAGAAAGCCUACCACCACAAAUAGAUUGUAAAUCUGUGGGAAACACUGUACAGCCCUUCACUCAUAAAACCUUUUAAAGGUUAGCACGAAUGCGUCCAGCAUUUUUGGACUGGCUGACUGUUCUCAACCAACCAUCAUUCACCAGCAAAAACUUUAAAGGUAAAUACGAACGCGUCUAGAGCAGUUUUUGAUCUUUACCGUAGAGGAGGAUGACUGACUAUCAUCUAUUCAAUUCAAUUCAAUUUUAUUUAUAUAGCGCUUUUCACAAUUGUUACUUGUUGCAAAGCAGCUUUACAUGAGUAGAUGUAGGGGAGAACACAGAAAAUCAAUAGAUAAUAUAAGAAGUAGAAUAUAGCUGCUAAGGAUAAACCGUACAAGUGAGUGUAGUAAUAAUGUAACGUAUACAGUAAAGUGCUAAGUUAAGCCAAAGUUGGCUGACUCUCCCGGGGACGAAAAAAACCCCUAGGAGAAAACCCAGUGGAAAAAACUCCUAGAAGGACAAAAACCCU